AUGACCUCUACCACUGAUCUGCCCUCCACCACUGAUCUGCUCUCUACCACUGAUCUGCUCUCUAUCACUGAUCUGUCCUCCACCACUGAUCUGUCCUCUAUCACUGAUCUGUCCUCUACCACUGAUCUGUCCUCCAUAACUGAUCUAUCCUCUACCACUGAUCUGCUCUCUACCACUGAUCUGUCCUCCACAACUGAUCUGUCCUCUAUCACUGAUCUGUCCUCUACCACUGAUCUGUCCUCUACCACUGAUCUGUCCUCUAUCACUGAUCUGUCCUCUAUCACUGAUCUGUCCUCUAUCACUGAUCUGUCCUCUACCACUGAUCUGUCCUCUAUCACUGAUCUGUCCUCUACCACUGAUCUGCUCUCUACCACUGAUCUGUCCUCUAUCACUGAUCUGUCCUCUAUCACUGAUCUGUCCUCUAUCACUGAUCUGUCCUCUAUCACUGAUCUGUCCUCUACCACUGAUCUGUCCUCUACCACUGAUCUGUCCUCUAUCACUGAUCUGUCCUCUAUCACUGAUCUGUCCUCUAUCACUGAUCUGUCCUCCACCACUGAUCUGUCCUCAACUACUAAUCUGUCCUCUACCACUGAUCAGUCCAUACCACUGAUCUGUCCUCCACUACUGACCUGCUCUCUACCACUGAUCUGCUCUCUACCACUGAUCUGCUCUCUAUCACUGAUCUGCUCUCUACCACUGAUCUGUCCUCCACCACUGAUCUAUCUAUCCUCCACCACUGAUCUGCUCUCUACCACUGAUCUGCUCUCUACCACUGAUCUGUCCUCCACCACUGAUCUGUCCUCCACCACUGAUCUGUCCUCUACCACUGAUCUGUCCUCUACCACUGAUCUGUCCUCUACCAAGAUCUAUCCUCCACCACUGAUCUGCUCUCUACCACUGAUCUGCUCUCUACCACUGAUCUGUCCUCCACCACUGAUCUGCUCUCUACCACUGAUCUAUCUAUCCUCCACCACUGAUCUGCUCUCUACCACUGAUCUGCUCUCUACCACUGAUCUGACCUCUACCACUGAUCUGCCCUCUACCACUGAUCUGUCCUCCACCACUGAUCUGCUCUCUACCACUGAUCUGUCCUUCACUACUGAUCUGUCCUCUACCACUAAUCUGUCCUCCACCACUGAUCUGUCCUCUACCACUGAUCUGUCCUCUACCACUGAUCUGUCCUCCACCACUGAUCUGUCCUCCAUCACUGAUCUGUCCUCAACUACUGAUCUGCUCUCUACCACUGACCUGCCCUCUACCGCUGAUCUGUCCUCCACCACUGAUCUGCUCUCUACCACUGAUCUAUUCUCCACUACUGAUCUGUCCUCUACCACUGAUCUGUCCUCUACCACUGAUCUGUCCUCCACUACUGAUCUGCUCUCUAUCACUGAUCUGUCCUCCACUACUGAUCUGCUCUCUACCACUGAUCUGUCCUCCACCACUGAUCUGCUCUCUACCACUGAUCUGUUCUCUACCACUGAUCUGUUCUCCACCACUGAUCUGUCCUCAGCUACUAAUCUGUCCUCUACCACUGAUCUGUCCUCUACCACUGAUCUGUUCUCUAUCACUGAUCUGUCCUCCACCACUGAUCUGUCCUCAGCUACUAAUCUGUCCUCUACCACUGAUCUGUCCUCUACCAUGAUCUGUCUCCACCACUGA